UGGCGCUGCUGCUGCUGGCGGCGGGGGCGGAGAGUGCGCUGCGGAUCUCCCUUUUUUAGGAGAAUGAAACUCGAUCCCGUCGCGCCGGUAGCGUCCGGUAUAAAACAGUCCAGCGGAAGAAGAGACUGUGAGAAUAAUAUCAGUGUGAUCGGAGAGUGUGGAGUUCACGAUCACCGAAAUGACUCGCAGAUCUCCAGAUGUCCAGGAGUUUCGGAAAUGAGCUGACACACAGACGCUGCACUCCGUUAUUCCUCUCGUUUCCACGGAGAACAUGAUGAGUCCUGGAAGGAUGGACAGAUAAUGACCGCACUGCUCGUUUCUAGUCAAUCGAUGAUACUUAGGGGCUUUUUUUACGCAUGAGUAGAAGACUGCACGGACGCACCAGCUUUGAAUCGAAGUCGUUAAAGCUCUAUUUUUAUUCUAUCUAUUUUUGUAUGAAAACAUGAGCUCCUUGUUGUUUGGAGAAGGUUUUUUGGGCGGCGUGGUGAGCGGUGCGCCGUCGGACGCGGUUCCCAGAGCUCUGCGCAACGACCUGGGAUCCAACAUCCAUGUCCUCAAGACCCUCAACCUGAGGUUCCGCUGCUUCCUCGCCAAAGUCCAUGAGCUGGAGAGAAGGAACAAACUUCUGGAGAGCCAGCUGAAGCAAGCCUCCGGUAAGCCGAGGCAUCAGGGCUUCUCCUUCACGCGUGAAGUCGCGGUCCAGACAGACUCUCCGGGCUCCAGACUUCCAGGCACCAUCUGGAGCUUUACGCAUAUUUUGAGACACGGAGAGCGCGUCAAGACUGUCCAGGGACCCGGAGUCACCUGGACCCAUCCGGAUGGGGUCGGGGUCCAAAUCGACACCAUCACCCCAGAACUGAGAGCCUUGUAUAACGUUCUGGCCAAAGUCAAACGGGAGAGGGAUGAGUACAAGAGAAAAUGGGAGGAGGAGCUUUCGAGAAGAGAACAGAUGGAGUCGAUGGUGCAGACGCUGCAGGAGAAUGUAAACGAAUCCGAAGCCAUUCAGGACGAGUUGAACGAGAAGGUCGAAAGACUGAAAGCUGAACUGGUGGUCUUCAAGAGCCUCAUGAGCGAUGCUGGCGGAUGCCGCCGCUCUAGAGCUGUAGAAAACCGGAGGAAAAUCCUGGACCUGAAACAAAUGUCCGACCUCGACACCAAGAUUCAGGAGAAAGCCAUGAAGGUGGACAUGGACAUCUGCAGGAGAAUCGACAUCACGGCCAAACUGUGUGACGUGGCUCAGCAGAGGAACUCAGAGGACAUGUCUAAGAUGUUCGUCAGUCCAUCCAGAGCACCAGCAGACAGGAUGGCUGUGGUGUGCAAAAAGAAGGAGAAGAAGCCAGUAUCAGAUGAGGAUAACUCAGAGAUGGAUGCAGAUCCCAGCACUUCGGAGGAGGAGGUCCCCUUCAACAUCACAGACGAGAUGAAACGCAUGCUCAACCAUCUACAUUGUUCAGAUAACUCAUUUGUUGCUAGGCGGGAGACGUUUGAGAUCGAUGAUGACUGUGACAGUUUGACGUGGGAGGAGAACGAUGAUACGCUGCUGUUAUGGGAGGAUUUCGCCAACUACAACGUGCCCCUCGGCCUUACUAACAACACCGCUGCCCUCGACUGCAACGGAGACGCACAAGAACCUGACUCCAGUCUGGGAAAUCUCAUCGACGAGACCGAGUCUCUUUUCAAGACCAGAGAGCAGGAAUAUCAGAAGACAAUUGGACAAAUCGAGAUGGAGUUGGCCACGGCUAAGAGUGACAUGAACAGACAUCUGCAUGAGUACAUGGAGAUGUGCAGCAUGAAACGAGGGCUGGACGUGCAGAUGGAGACGUGCAGGAGAAUGAUCAAGGGUGGCAGAAAUUCUCUUUCCAUUAGCUCAUCUGCGAGCAGUGACUCAGGGAACACUGACGAGAUACAAGACGAGUCGGACAAGGAUGGAGAGACGGAGGGGCCAAUCAGCUGAUACCUGCCCAGUCUGACCCCGCCCUCUUCCCCCCACCGAGCUCCAAUCAGCUCUCGGGCCUCCCAGCAAUCGGCCAAUGGUGUUACACUGAGGGACAGAGCCCACUCACACAAACCCCAAAUCCUGUAGGUGCUUUAAUGUCUCCGUGUCAGAGUGGGGUGUAGUUGCUGAGGGUUGUUUUUGUGCUUCGACAUCAAUAUGGAUGCGUCACAUGGUGCCACAGCUGUCACAGGACAGCCUAACUACGAAUCAGAUCAACCCCAGCCAAAAUACAUCAAUAUACCUGAUCAAACCUGAAAUCAAGUCCAUAUCUCGAUUAGAAACCGGAAAACGUUCACGCAACAUGAGUGAUAGAUAAGACUGAAAGCCAAUCAGAUCAAAACGGACUCCUGCGAUUGAACACUUCAGAAUGCUUUCCUUAAUAUUUGUGGCUUUUUAUUUUUCUAAAAACUAUUUCAGAAAUCAACAGUUUACUGCAGAAACAUUUUGGCCUUUUAAGCCCCGAAUCCAGUCGGCGAAUGUGGAACACAGAAAAAGCUCACGUUCUAUGCAAUCAGCCUUAUUUUGUGAUCUGUGUUUUCCCAGCUAACAAAACUAUGCUCUAAGAAUGUUUUGCUGACGUUCCCAGUUAGUUAUGUAAAUGUUAUUUAUGAAUGUUAUCUGAACAUCAAAAUGUUUUAACCCUCUGGUGCUCUUCAGUAUUUUUUUUACCCCAAGACUAUGUUUUGUGUUGAAUGCAUGUGUAAUAUGCAUCAUUUUUUUGUGAUAUCAACUUCAAAUUUGGAACACAACUUGUUUACAAUUAUGGCUUUGACUUUCUCACAGUUUUAAAGUAAAAUGUUUUGGAAAAUAUGUAAAUAUUAAAAUAUGUAAAUUAUAACAAUAAAGCUAAACAUCUAUAAUCUUUUUAAUUUCACCUUUUAAACUUCACAUCAGCGAUAAUCUGCAAAGCGUCUUUUUUAAGAAAGAGACCAAACUUAAGUCUAUGCUCCAAAGCAUUCAAAAUGUAUGACAGCUUUUCAUAUCUAUGCUCAAAAAGUGCUAAACAGGUAAAUAAAUGGAUUAUAACUACUACAAAAAUAUAAUUUAAUACCAUAAAAUCCCCUAAAAAUACAAAAUGUUAAAUAAAAAACAUUAAACUAAAAUAUAGUACAUUCAUUUUAUUGAAAUAAAAAUUUUGACUGACACACGAAGCACAUCAGAGGGUUAAAAAUGUUAUUUCCUUGUUUGAACAAACAAUCUACUGAAAAAAUGUUUGUUGAUAACUUUGAGAGAGCCUUGCCAGAACGUUAGCAAAACAUUUCCUAUUAGCUGUGUUUGAUUUGCCUUAUGUGAUUUUAUGUGUUGUAUACAAUGUUCACGUGUUAAUGUUUACGCACUUAAUGGCAGAAUCUGUGGAACAGUGUCCCAUCAUUCUGAGCGGCAACCAAUGAUGAUUGAAGCUUUUUCAAGAGUUACACACAUCAAUAUCUCAAACAUUAAAGAACUAUGUGCCUAUAUAUACAUUGCAGGUUCAUUUUGGAUGGCCUUACUGCAUUUCCACUUCUUUCUAAAGUUUGCACUCAUGAUAAUCAUGGGGGAAAUGAUCAUAUAUAUAUAUAUAUAUAUAUAUAUAUAUUGUUGAUUGUAUGGGGACUUUCAUGAUGUCAAAGCAUUUCUUUGUUAGGUUAUAUUGUCAGAAGAGUUUUCAGGUGGAGUUUUUGAUUGUAUAUAGACCAAGUUGGGUGUAUCUGAAAUUAUACCCAUGUCUAUAAAUAUAUGUAGAUGCAAAAGCAUAGGAUUAUGGCAUUGGAUAUUGCAUUGAAGCACUCAUGAUGGCCACUGUUCCAUACAGAUUCAGGUUUGUUUUCAUGGAUAUGGCUUAUAACAUUUCUGUAUCAAUGGGGUUUGUUAAUAUAAUGGUCUUUUUGUUUUCUUUUUUUUUGGCUUCUUUAUAUUUAGCGUUUUUAUCUUAUACGCUAUUGGUCAAAAGUUCGAAAGAAUUAGGAUUCUUAAUAUUUUUGAAAGAAGUCUCUCCUGCUCCUUAUUUGAUCAAAACACUAACAUAUGAAGCAGCACAAUUAUUUUCAACAUUGAUAAUAAUAAGAAAUGUUUCUUAAGCAUCAAAUCAGCAUAUUAGAAGACUGGAGUAAUGAUGCUGAAAAUUCACCAGAAUAAAUUACAUCAAAAUAUAAAUCAGUUAUUUUAAAUUGUAAUUGUAUUAUACAAUAUUACGGUUUUUACUGUAUUUUUGAGCAUAAGAGACUUCUUUCAAAAACACUAAAAAUAUCCCAGUUAUUCCAGACUUUUGACCAGUAGUGUACAUUCCUAGGUAAAAAAAAUAAAUAAAAUGUGUUCAUACAUAUUAUUUUAAACAUAUUUAAUCUGGGGAAAUUUGAUGGGUUUUAUUAAACUGAUCAGUGAUUUAAUUAUAAGCUCAAAUAGGUAAUUAUAAGCUCAAAAUAUGGUUGCAAAGGGUUUAAAAAAAAUUAUAGUAAAUAAGUUGGUGGGCAUAAGUUUUGUUUAAUCAUUUAGCUAAAACAUAAUUUAGCUAAAAAAUUGAUAUCAUAUCUGAUCAAAUCAUCUGUAAAUUUUGCUAUUUAGUUUGUGUAUUUGAUUUCCUAACUUAUGAAAGACUGGACAAAAUCUGGCUUUUGAAUUUUAUAAAAAUAUAAAAUUCAUUUGAUUUUAUAAUGUUCAGGGUAUCUGGGGCUAAUUUGAAUGCUUUUCCCUGAAAAAAUGAAACAUGCACUUAAGAGUCUUCACCUUUUCAAACACUGUUGGUCUACUUUUUAUUGUUUAUGGUGAAAAUCAAGCUAAUUUUAGUCUGCAUCUGAACCCAUAACAUGGACCAGAUGUCUCUUCUCAAAAUCGAUUUUAUGGUUUUUGAAAAAAUAGGAAAAGGUACAAGUAUUACCACACAAAAUCAUAUUCUGCAAUAGGAAAAGUAUAUGUUACAUGUUUUCUGAAUUAAUUUCUAUUGUGUUUAUGAUGUUUUAUACAAAAACGUUACAAUGAUAUCUAUAAAGUAUUUGGUAAGUAUGACCUUGAAUAUUGUAUUCAGAAGGAACAUACUGAAACUGGAUGAGAAAGUAAUGCUGUCAUCAUGCUUGUGUUUUUGUCAUUUUAAGGAAAGCACAAAAUGGCAGCAAAUGUAGGUUAAAGUUUCUGUAAAACAUGAAACUGUAGUGAUGGGGUCAUGUAGCGCUAACUAGCAUAAGCAUCAAGCCAGAAACAUACUCAGUGAAAUUGAGUUUGUGUAGCAUUUGACAUCACAGACUUGCAUAGAGUAUUUUUCAGGCCAAACAUUUUGUCUUCACAUCAAAUAUGCUGUUCUUCUUAACCCUUGUGCUUUACCUAACUUGGUGUUUCCAGUCAAAAAUGUCUUUUGCCUUUUAAAAACUGCUUGUAAAUCUUUCAUUAUGCUCUACUAUCACCAGCGCUGGGUAGAUUACUGUAGUCCAUAACUGAUUACAAAUUACAUAACGGAAACAAUCUGUUGGAUUACACAUAUUAAGUAAUGUAUUCUGAGUACUUUUGGAUAAUUUUUGAUUACUUGUGACCUAAUAUUUUCCAUUCUUUGUUAUCAACAUCAAGAAGUGCAUUAAACAUUACGCCAAGGCUUUCCAGGCUAUUUAUGCAAUCAUGUAAUCCAUAAAAAAGUAACUGUAAUCUGACUAUGGGCAUUUUAAAAUAUAAUAUAAUCUUAUUAUAAGUACUUAAUUUUUGGAAUCUGAUUAUGUAAUCCAGAUUACAUGUAAUCAGUUACUACCCAGCAUUGAUUAUCGCCACAUCUUGGAUUCAGUCUGUUUGUGAACUUGUUUUCUUUCAAUUAACUAAGCUUUUUGGAAGUGACUGGUCAUCUGAGUUUAUUCACAUCAGUUUGUGAGUGAAAAAAGCAUUAUUUGUGAGUAAUUUUGCCAAUAUUCGCUCAAAAACUGAAGUGCAUAAUCUUAUAUGUGUUCUAAUUAAAUGAAAACAAGUUGAUAAAAAGAUUGAAUACAAUAUCUGGUGAUAAUAAAGCAUUACAAGAAGAAAUUUAUAAGGAAUUUUUUGUAGGCUUGUCAUUUUUAAUUGGGAAAAAAUACCAAAAAAAGUACACAAAUUAUCAACUAAUUUUUGGGAGGUUGUUAUACCACAUCUCUGGACAAAAAUGUACCAAUUUUGAUUACAAUGCAAAAACAUUAAAUAGGAUUUUCAGGAAAAAGAAAAUCCUCUCUGGGUUAAAAUGACUGGAACACAAUGGGUUAAGAAUGCUAAAUGUUUUGCAUUCGCUUAUCACAUCAAGAUUUGCCUUUACCAAUGAAUGUACAGAAUACCACAUGAGGUCAUGAGUAGAAAAUGUUAUUUAGUUCAUGAGACACAACAUAAAUUGGAUGUUUUGAUCACAUGACCAUUGGGUUUCAACCAUAUGAGGUCUUUUCUGCAGAUUUUGACUGUUCUGAUCUGGACUGAAGUGGGGUUUUGCCCAUACGCCAAGCUGACUACACAAUAACUUUGCACAAUUACUUUCAAAAUGAAUAUGGAAUUUCUAAUGCAGCAUAAAACACCAGUUCAUUAGACCCCCGUCAUCGUACCAGCAUCAGCGAGUUUUACUGAAAGCCUAAAAAUUUUCAGUUUCUGACUUUAGCAACAUCUGUGGCCUGAAUCCUUCUCAUAGCACUGUUUAUUAUCUUUAUUUUUAUGAUAUUUACUUUGACAUCUGAAAUGAUCAGUACAUUACCAGUACAUUAGAACAUUUAUAUGUUGUCUUUGUUAUUUGUUUUUGCUGCAAAUGAAUUUUCCUGGUGUGUGAGCUACUGGUGUAUGUUUCAAAGUAAUGAAUGUAAUUGGUGCUGGGGUCAAAAAAAAAAAAAUA